AUGUCGCAUGCUCUCAAGACGGCGAAAUCCAAAUACAUCAUGACAGUGCCCGGCUCCAUUGAUGUAUGCCUUUUGGCUGCGAAGGAGGCAGGGAUUCCCAAGGAGAAUAUAUUUCUGUUAGAAGGGGAACAUGAAGGUUUUACAACAGUGAAGCAGCUCCUACAGAUUGGUAAAGGCUAUGGCGAACAUUGUCAGAGCCCCAUCUACCGCAUACCUGCAGGGCAGACGAACGACGUUUGUGGUUAUUUGAACUUUAGUAGUGGAACUACCGGCCUGCCAAAAGCAGUGAUGCUGUCUCAUCGCAAUGUGAUCGCUCAAUGCCUUCAGCUCAAAGCUGUGGCGGGGGCCGAUAAAAAACGAUUUCUAGCCAGCCUACCGUUGUUCCACAUUAGUGGACUCGUGCGUUUUCUUCACUGGCCUAUUGCUAGUAACGAUGAAUGUGUCAUGCUUUCACAAUUCACCAUGGAAGGAUUUCUCGACGCCAUCGUCCGAUAUCAGAUUACCGAUCUUACACUCGUUCCAUCCAUUGUUAUACGACUCGUGCGUGACCCCAUUGUCGACAAGUAUGACAUAAAAAGCAUCAAACGUAUCGCGUGUGGCGCUGCACCCCUGGGGUCGGAGGUCAUUCAGCAGCUUAGGGAAAGGAUGCCAUGGACAGGCUUCCGGCAAAGCUAUGGCAUGACAGAAUCAUGCUGCUGCCUUACAACACAUCCGCCAGAGUUUUACAGUUAUGAUUAUGCCAAUAAUUCUGGCACACUGCUGGGGUCAACGGUAGUCAAGGUCAUCGAUGUGAGCACUGGCAAAGAGCUAGGUCCCAAUGAAGCAGGCGAAAUCCUUGCCAAGGGCCCCCAGAUUGCUCUGGGCUACCUCGGAAACCCGGAGGAAACGGCCGAGACCUUUGGCACUGAUGGUUUCCUCCGUACCGGAGAUGUCGGCGUGAUCGAUGACCAAGGCUUCAUUCGUAUUGUUGAUCGCACAAAAGAGAUGAUCAAGGUCAAGGGUCUACAGGUCGCACCGGCUGAACUAGAGAAUAUCUUGCUAGGUCACCCCAGUGUUGGUGACUGCGCUGUCUUAGGGAUACCGGACCCGUAUAGCGCUGAGCGACCGAAGGCUUAUGUUGUGUUGAAACCCAAUAUUGAGGCCAGUGAUUCCGUCGGUAGGAGUCUGAUCCAGUAUGUGAAAGAGAAGCUAGUACGUUACAAGUGGAUUAAGGAGGUUGAGUUCAUCGCGGAGAUACCGAAGAGCCCAAGUAGUAAGAUUCUGAGGAGAGUCUUACGGGAGAAGGAGAAAGAGGGAAGCCGGGGAUACGUCGUGAGAGAUAUCUCUGAGCGGCCAAGAUUGUAG